GGAGAAGCGUGCUGGCGAAUGAUACGUGCCAGUGUUUCGUGGUAAUUUCGCGCUGUAUUCUCCGUUCGUGUGGGCUGCGCGGGGCCCGUGCUCAGUUCAGUGACCGUCUUCCACUGGCGAGGAGCUGGCCGAUUCCUCGGCGAGCGAGCGCCCGGCGCGGCCAGCGUCCUCUUCCGCACCGCCGCCGCCGUCCAGCAUGGCCUCCACCAUGAUCGUGUACGGUCUGGGCCUGGCUACCAUCGGCUUCGGAGCCCGCUACGUGCUGCGCGCCAUGCCUGGCAUGACCAAGCAGUUCAACGAGGCGAUCAAGAACCUGCCGCAGAUGGACGCCAACAGCCGCUACUACCGCGGCGGCUUCGAGUCGAAGAUGUCGAGGCGCGAGGCGAGUCUCGUGCUGGGCGUCUCGCCCAGCGCAAGCGCCAAGCGCGUCAAGGAGGCGCACAAGCGCAUCAUGCUGCUGAACCACCCGGACCGCGGGGGCUCGCCCUAUCUGGCCGCCAAGAUCAACGAGGCGAAGGAUCUGCUGGACUCGGGCAAAUCGUAGCCGCGGGGCGGUGCGUCGUAGCUGCGAGACGGCAUGUAGUGACUCAUGCAGCUGUGGCUUGAGUGUGGCUGCGAGGAAGCCAGUGCUACCGUGAACUCGAGUUCGGGGCCUGAAGUUUUGGAGACUGUUGCUGCGUUGAUGAAGUGAGAGGCGUAUGCUAUGAGGAGUCAGACGAUUGGCUUUUUUGUUAGUCUUCCUUUUGCUUGGUGCCACUGAAGCAGGAAGCCAAUGGAACGCCGGCGCGUGCGAUACACGGACGAUGUCUAGUGCAAACCGAUGUGCGUUGUAUACGGAGAUUGCAGUGACCAAUAAACCCGACUUGGCAUGACGC